AAAUUGCAGAGAACUCCUCCCAAAAAAGCGCAAGCAGACCCAGGUAUCGGUACGCUUGAUGCUGGUGCAUGAAUCGGACUCCCGAGUAUAGGCUAUCAUACUUUUGAGCGACCAUGGACAGCCAGGGGAGGAAGGUGGUGGUGUGUGACAAUGGCACGGGUUUUGUCAAGUGUGGGUUUGCCGGCUCCAACUUCCCAGAACACAUCUUCCCUGCUAUGGUCGGCCGUCCCCUCAUUCGCUCCAACACUAAAGUUGGGAACAUUGAGAUUAAGGACCUGAUGGUGGGCGACGAGGCCAGCGAGUGCCGCUCCAUGCUGGAGGUCACCUACCCUAUGGACAACGGCAUGGUGCGCUCCUGGGAGGACAUGAUCCACAUCUGGGACUACACCUUCGGCCCCGGGCGCCUCAACGUAAACCCGCCCGACUGCAAGGUGCUGCUGACAGAGCCCCCCAUGAACCCCACCAAGAACCGGCAGAAGAUCGCCGAGGUCAUGUUCGAGACGUACGGGUUCCACGGCAUCUACGUGGCCAUCCAGGCCGUGCUAACCCUCUACGCUCAGGGUCUGCUGACGGGUGUGGUGGUUGACUCGGGGGACGGGGUGACCCACAUCUGUCCCGUGUACGAGGGCUUCUCCCUGCCCCACCUCACCCGCAGGCUGGACAUCGCCGGACGGGACAUCACACGCUACCUGAUCAAGCUCCUGCUGCUCCGGGGCUACGCCUUCAACCACACGGCCGACUUUGAGACGGUGCGCAUGCUGAAGGAGAAGCUGUGCUACGUGGGCUACAACAUCGAGCAGGAGCAGCGGCUGGCCAACGAGACCACCGUGCUGGUGGAGACCUUCACGCUUCCAGACGGGCGGCAGGUGAAGGUGGGCGGGGAGCGCUUCGGGGCCCCAGAGGCCCUCUUCCAGCCCCACCUCAUCAACGUGGAGGGGGCCGGCGUGGCGGAGCUGCUCUUCAACACCAUCCAGGCCGCCGACAUCGACCUCAGGGCGGACUUCUACCGACACAUCGUGCUGUCGGGAGGCACCACCAUGUACCCGGGCCUGCCCUCCCGCCUGGAGAGGGAGAUCAAACAGCUGUACCUGGAGCACGUGCUGGACGGAGACACACAGAAGCUCUCGAAGUUUAAGAUCCGCAUCGAGGACCCGCCCAGACGUAAGCACAUGGUGUUCAUGGGCGGGGCCGUGCUGGCCAACAUCAUGAAGGACAAGGAGUCCUUCUGGAUCAGCAAGGAGGAGUACAUGGAGAAAGGCUCCAAAGUGUUAGACAAGCUGGCCGGGGGAGUCAAAUAGACACAAUAGUCUCGCUCGCACACACACACAAACACACACACACACACACACACACACAGUGAGAGAUACACAUUUACAAAAAGACACACAAUUACAAGGGACACAAACACUUACAAAGAGAGAGAGAGUGACACACACACACAAACACACACACAGUAUUUUGGGAGGGUUAUGCAUACAAGAACCUUUGGUUUGUUGUAGUUUAUGUCAUGAUGUAACUUCAAAACUGUGUUUCACUUUUGGGGGAUGGAGCACCAUAUUGUUCUAUUUAUGGUAUUUUGAGUCAUAAACUGUUGAGUGGGUGAAUCCUCCAAAUAAUGACUCAUGAUUGUUAAUAAUGGCUAUUAUCAUUAUUACACAUACGAUAACCAUCGGUUAUCAAACGACAACCCCAAUGUUUUUGCCUUAUUCGGUUAUUGUUAUAUUGUUGAUAUUAUGCUCUAUUCCUGGCGGCCACUGGAGUUUUUUUGUGUAAUUGUAUUAACGUCCAAUUAUUUCAAUAGGCUAUUGAAAAUAAAAUCUGUUAUAUCUAAAUCGUGCACAGAGUGAGCAGCCCAAGACACACAGUAUUGAGUUGUUAUAUUGUGUGUAAAAACAAAGCUUGAUAAAAUACACAUACACACAAGUUGCAUUGUGUCUCACACACCGCAACGUUAUUCCACAGUGCUAGGAUUGAGAGCAAAACGGACUCAAAUGGAAUCCUCCGGCCACUCAGAGAAAAGCUUUAAGGCCUUUUGAUAAAAACGGACUGACUCGAUGUUUUAUUACCAUGUCGAGGAGUGCAUAUGAUGUCAUCAGACCGGGACAGAAAACGUGAUGAAACAACGUUAUGAACAGAUAUUGCUGUUUUAUUGUGAUAUUGAUAUUACAUGACGAUAAUACAUUGAUGUGUUUUUUUCCCCAUUAAAAAUAAAUAGUGGGCAUCUUAA